UUACACGAUACCGUGCAUACAGCUCAAGCUCGCCCCACAUUUCUUGUCGAAAGUCGUCUAUUACACGCUACACCCCAUCCCGCAAGACAGUCAAGGUAAUUGGUGAUGGUUAAAAGGCUACGUUAACGCAGAGUUGUCAUGUCCGCCAUGUCCGGCGACCUCGCUGCCGUGUGGGACGUGGCGUUGAGCGACGGAGUCCAUAGGGUCGCCUUCGAGCACGGCACCACCACCGGCAAGAGGGUCAUCUCCGUCGACGGGAAGGAGGUGCUGAGGCGAGAGUGGAUGUUCAAGCUGGUGGGCAAGGAGACGUUCACGGUGGGCAAGCUGGACACCAAAGCCACCAUCAACAUCGACGCGGUCAGCGGCUUCGCCUACGAGUACACGUUGGACAUCAACGGCAAGAGCCUGAAGAAGUACCAGGAGAACAGGUCCAAGGUGACCAGCACCUGGCUGCUCAACCUGGACGGGAUGGAUUCCAGGGUGGUCUUGGAGAAAGACACCAUGGAUGUUUGGUGUAAUGGACAGAAGAUUGAAACUGCAGGCGAGUUUGUGGACGACGGCACGGAAACCCACUUCACCCUGGGCGAGCACAACUGCUGCGUCAAGGCGGUGAGCAGCGGAAAGCGCCGAGACGGACUCAUUCACACGCUGCUGGUGGACGGGGCCGAGAUAGCCGAAUGCGCCGAGUGACCUUCCGUCCCAAAUAGCCAGCCAGCGGCCAGCGGUCGGAUGGGCCCGCUCUUUGGAUCCCUUUGCAAAACACUGGAAAAACUCCAUUGGGAAAACAUGAAGAUUAUUGUGUGAAUGCGGAAGAGCCCAAGACCAAUCACUCUCUCCUUCUUUGUCCUUUCGAUUCAUUCCGUGUUUCUCAAUGGAUUCAAACCUUCCCGUUGCAAACGUUUCAAGCAUUCUUUCUUCAGCAUUUUCCACAGGCAUCGUGUUCUCCGUAUUGAGUAGUGUCAAGAUUUUGGGCCAAAGAAUCCACUGUUGGGCAGCAUCCCAUUUGAUAGGCUGCUCCGUCACGGGUCCAAGUUUCGUGCGUGGCUUGGGAACCCCGCCCCGCCACUUUUCUUUUAAGCUGCCAUUGCCGGGCCACUUUGAAACACGUCUAUUGGACGGCGGACAGGUUAGCGUGAAUCUUUGUGUUUUUAACGGCGACGGUGAAAGAUUCCCACCCAGCAGUCGUGUGGAGUUACUUGAAUCGUAUUUUUCAUAGUUGCCGUCUUUUAAAGUGAACAGAAGCUGCGUUAGUUUGACUUUGUAAGUCAUUUCUCGUCAAGUAGCUGAGUAGCAGUUGAUUUUGUUACGCCAACUGCAAUAAGUAUUUAUUUCAAUAAAAACGGAAGUACUGUACCAUCAA